GUGGGGAGAGCGCGUGAGAGGGAGCAGGGUGGUGAUGAUGCAGAUGCUGAUGGCGAUGUUGAUGCGGACGCCAAUGUUGAGGUCGGGGCUAAGGUUGAGCAAGAGAAGCACAGCUACGCCGUCUUCGAAGCCUGCGGCCACUUCGCAAUGCCGCGCGCUCUGCCGCUGCCGCUGCCGCUGCUGCAGACACCCACCACGCAGCAGCGCCUCGCAGCGCACGCGGCUGCGUGCACAGGCGUGUUCUUCGUGUCCGCGCAGCCGUACCCGUCGAGCCCGGGCGCGGCGCUGGACCGGUUCCUGGGGCUGCGCAUUGAGCGGGCGAUGCUGGAGCGGGAGAGGGCGCGACUACGUGCUGAGGGGGCGGCGGAUGAGGAAGAAGAGGGGGACGAGGCGUUUGAGGAAGAAAGGGAUGGAGAGGGAGGAGAUGACGGGGAGGAGGGCGCGCUUGUGGUCAUGAGGAUGGGGGAUGCGGGGAUCCCGUUUGUGGUGCGGAGGCCGGUGAACGAGACGGCGGCGCGGAAGCGCAAGCGCGAGGGCCUGCCUGAGGAGUUCGUGUGCCAGUGGUGCGAUGUCACGAGCGCGCCGGAGUGGCGGAGGGGACCGGGUGGGCCGAAGACACUGUGCAAUGCUUGCGGGCUACGCUGGGCCAAGGCGGGAAGGAAGAAGAACCACGGCAGCAUAAAGAUGGAGGAAGACGAAGAUGGCGGUAAUAGUGCUGCUGCUGCUGCUGCUGCUGCUGCUGCGUUUAUGGCGGUUGCUCCUGCUCUUCCUCGUACCGUUGCUGUUCCGCCCGCAGGUGCAGGAAGGACGGCGAAGAAGAGCGUGUGUGUUGUGGCGUAAUGUCUUUAUGCAGGGAGCGGGAUUGUACGAUCUAACUAACUGUGUAUGCACCCUCCGCCUACGCUACUAACGAGCUACUGACAAUUGCUGCUACUUACUGACUCCCCGGA